AUGGAGGUUUGGGAUGGUUGGUGUGCUAGGCCUGUUAAUGGUCCACACGGUGUUGGCUUGUGGAAAAAUAUUAGUCAGGGAUGGGCUUCUUUUUCUUGCGAUGUUCUAUAUGAUAUUGGAAAUGGGUCUAAGGUGAAAUUUUGGCAAGACCAUUGGUGUGGUGAGACAUCUCUUGCAGUCAGCUAUCCUGAUUUGUAUAGAUUUUGCCGAGAUAAAGAAGCUAGCAUGGCUGAGCUUAUGAAGUUUGAUAAUGGAGUCUUGUUUUGGGAUGUAAGUUUCUUGAGGGGUAUGCAUCUUCGAGAAUUAGAGGCCUUGACUGGUUUUAUGGAUACCAUAUAUGGUGCAUCGGUGAAGGGGUUCAGUGAGGAUAAGAUGUGCUGGAAAUCUGAUAGAGAGAAGGGAUUCUUAAUUAAAGGAUUUGUCAUCUUUGGAAGAAGGAUUCUUACAAAUGCUCAUGUAGUCGCUGAUCAUGCAUUUGUACUUGUGAGAAAGCAUGGAUCUCCUACGAAGUAUAGAGCAAAAGUCCAAGCUGUUGGUCAUGAAUGUGACUUAGCUAUUCUGGUUGUUGAAAAUGAUGAGUUUUGGGAUGGUAUGAGUUUUUUGGAGCUUGGAAGCAUUCCAUUUUUGCAAGAAGCUGUUGCUGUUGUUGGAUAUCCUCAAGGUGGAGAUAACAUUUCUGUGACCAAAGGCAUUGUCUCUAGGGUUGAACUAACUCAAUAUGUACAUGGUGCAAGCCAGCUCAUGGCAAUACAAAUUGAUGCUGCCAUAAAUCCUGGUAACAGUGGAGGCCCUGCAAUAAUGGGCAAUGAGGUUGCUGGUGUAGCUUUUCAAAAUCUUGCAGGUGCAGAGAAUAUUGGUUACAUAAUUCCUGUCCCUGUAAUAGAGCAUUUUAUAGCUGGCGUGGAGGAAAGUGGAAAAUAUGUUGGCUUUUGCUCUCUUGGCUUGUCAUGCCAGCCUACUGAAAAUGUUCACCUUCGCAACCACUUCCAAAUGUGCCCUGAAAUGACUGGUGUACUUGUAAGCAAAAUUAAUGUGCUUUCUGAUGCACAUAAAAUCUUGAAGAAAGAUGAUAUUUUGCUUGCGUUUGAUGAUGUGCCUAUAGCAAAUGAUGGAACAGUUCCUUUCAGAAAUAGAGAACGGAUAACAUUUGAUCAUUUAGUCUCUAUGAAGAAACCCAAUGAAAGAGCUAAAAUUAGAGUGCUCAGAGAUGGCAAAGUGUUUGAAUUCAGUAUGAUCCUCCGACCUUUGCAGCCAUUAGUUCCAGUUCAUCAAUUUGAUAAGCUUCCUAGCUAUUUCAUUUUUGCCGGGCUGGUUUUUGUUCCAUUGACGCAGCCUUAUCUUCAUGAGUACGGAGAUGACUGGUAUAAUACUUCUCCACGCCGAUUGUGUGAACGUGCACUGAGGGAACUGCCCAGAAAAUCUGGUGAACAACUCGUCAUCCUUUCUCAGGUGCUGAUGGAUGAAAUUAAUGCAGGCUACGAGCGUCUAGCUGAAUUACAGGUGAAGAAAGUUAAUGAGGUGGAAAUUGACAAUCUGAAACAUUUAUGCCGCCUCGUGGAGAACUGUAGUGAAGAGAGCUUGAGAUUUGAUUUGGAUGAUGAAAGGGUGAUUGUGUUGAACACUUGCUUGGCGAAGGAAGCCACUCCUCGAAUUUUGACGCGUCACAGAAUAUCUUCUGCCAUGUCUGUUGACCUUAUAGAUGAGCAGGGUCCCACAGAAAUUGAGUUGGCCUGCUUAAGCUGAAUUUCCUUCAUUGGCAAAUUCUUUUUCUUUGGUGAUUUUUUUUUUUCCUUUUUCUUUUGUUGUAACUUGUAUGAAUAUUAUUAGUCAUUAAUUUAUAAAUCUAGUUAAUGUGUUGUGUUGCUAUGGCAGAUUGAAAAUGCAGAAUUGCAUCGAUUUGUACAAUAACAUGAUCAUGAAUGAAUUUUUUAAUUGGCAAGCUAACUUAAUAACAAUUCUGGAUUUAGGGCAAAAAAGCUAGGAGAUAUGAAGCCCAAUGCCCAAA